UCUUCAAAGCUUGUGGCAAAUAACCAACACGAAUACAAGUUUAAAUGCGAAAGUAAACCGAUUCAGACUAGAUUAUCUCCUUUCUAACCCCAAACUCUCAGCUUGACAGGAGUCACGUGAAUACUAGGUUACACUUUGAGAGACCUUAAAACGAAAAGGCGACAUUGAAGAGUUGAAAACACUGAUUUCAUGUCGUGAGAAAACACAGUAACUAGUCCACUCCAUAUCUUAUUGAGCGCAUGUCGCUUGCCGCAGCUUUGCGCGGAUAAACAGCAGCUGUGCGCCGCGGAGCAACAUAAAGAAAACCAAGGACAAAAAGAUUUCCAACGAAAUUAAAAAAAUAAUAAUAAUCUUCCAUCUGUGCAUCCAACUGUAAAUCAAUAAGACUUCAGUGGUCUUGAAGCACCACCGCCGCCUCUGUGGAGCUGCGUUAAGACACUCGGGGCUGUUUUUUUCUCGCUUUUACGCACAGACGCAGACGGCUCCCUCCUGCUCGGCAGCGGCCUCCAUUUUAGCUCCUUGCCCGGUCGUUGCCUCACGUGUCCUGGACUGUCUUCCUCACAUGACCCGUGUGUUUGUCCCCGUGAUCAACGCUUCCAUCUCCGUAAAUCAGUGUCGUUGAAUAUCGGCGUUUUUACACACCGGGAAAGCUUCAUGGAUAUGCUGGAGCAGAGUCUGGACAGUUCGGCGAGUCACGACAAACAGGAAACAGAAGAGGUGGUGCAGCUACAAGAAGGAGAGGCGGUGGGGACGGAGGAGCAAACUGCAGUUACCAUCACUGGUGUUCCACAGGCUGCGUUCACCGACCACAAUGUGCAGUACCAGUUUCGUACAGAGAACAGUGGAGGACAGGUGACCUACCGCGUGGUUCAGGUUACAGACGAUCAUUUAGACGCGGCAGCAGACGGGACUGGAGCUGUGAGCGUCGUCUCCACAGCAGCGUUUGCUGGAGCCCCUCAGGCGGUGGCACAGGCGGUUAUCCAGAAUCCGUUCAGCAACGGAGGCAGUCCUGCAGGGGAGACGGUUGGAGGAGAGACGCGUUUUGCAUAUUUUCCUGCUGCAACCGUCAGCGAUGGAACAGCCACAGCUGUGUCGGUGCAGGCCACCGCCGACCAGACCAUCACACAGGCAGGAGGUCAGUUUUACGUGAUGAUGAGCCCCCCUGAGGUCCUGCAGACGGCGGCCCCUCGCACCAUCGCCCCACGCACACACACCUACACUGCAGACCUCGGUGAAAGCGAGAUGUUGCAGCAUGGCAGUUCAAACUGGAAGGUGGAGGGUCCACGAGCGCCCAGAGAUGAGAGGCGAAGAGCACAGCAUAAUGAAGUGGAGAGAAGACGAAGAGAUAAAAUAAAUAACUGGAUCGUCACACUUUCCAAAAUCAUCCCUGACUGCAGCGUGGACAGCAGGACUGGAGCAAGUAAAGGAGGCAUCCUGUCCAAAGCCUGCGACUACAUCCGAGAGCUGCGCCAGAGUAACCAGCGACUACAGGAGAGUUACAAAGAGGUGGAGCGAGUGGAGAUGGACAACGAGCUGCUUAGACAACAGAUCGAGGAACUGAAGAAUGACAACGCACUUCUUCGAGCACAGCUACAGCAGCACGGCGUAGAAGUUAAUGGAGAUGCAACACCACAAUGAUUGUGGACUGGACACAUGUUGUUAACACCACAAACACAAUGUCGCAUCCUCCAACCCACCUGAACAAUACAAGGAAAGGAUUAAGAGAGAGAGAGAGACAAUUUCCAUCUGAAAUUGGACCACAGAAACACGCGCAGGGCUUGUUGGAAGAAAAGAAAAACUGAAGGACUAAAAACUGAAAACGCCUCCUCCACCUGUUCUAGCAGUCUGAAGGCUGAAAGCUCGGAAAUCUUUAACUGUGUAGCUAACUGAACCUCUCACCUCUGCUUCAAGGAAAUCAACCUCUACAGCACCACCACGCUUGCACCACUUUCUUUUUCCUCUAAAUUAUGAACCUGCCACAAGGAAUUUCCUUUUAAUGAUUUCACCUUUUUAUCGUCCCACAAACUCUUACUUCUUCCUUUUGUUUUAGUUUAUAUUUGCUGUGUCUGAAACUACUAAAUGUGUCAUGAAUGAUAGCUCCGAUUUCGUUUUAAUUUAUUAGUCCGUAACAAAUGUGAACAUGGUAAGAAAAGCUGAUCUUUGAAUUUACUCUUUCCCCAGCAACAAAAUUGUGCUUUGACUGUCAGUGGAUCAUGUGUUGAUCUGUGUGCAGUUUCAAGUAACAUGUUCUGCCUCUUAAUUCUGUCACUCCAUGGACCAGGCAGAGCUCACAAACUAAAUAAAGUCAGUAAACUCAAAAAAUGUAAAACUUCUCAGAAGGUUGGAGUAAAAUCAACCUUGAUAGGACGGGCUUGAAGGUUUUAUUUAUAGUGCAAGGCCUUAUUAGAAGCCUGUGGGUGUUAAAAUAGCUCAGGUAAUUGGGAUAGUGCACUGGCAAGUGGUUCCCAGACUCAAUGAAGUCUUUACGAAUAGAGAUCCGAUCUCUGUUGUGUCCCCGUUAGGUGCAAUGUACAGAUAAUCGAGAGUAUGGAGAUGAUUUUCAAAGUGUAAACCAUUUUUAAUGGGCAUUAAAAUAUAUUUGUUUGUAUAUCUGCUUAAUAGGUCACUGAUGUAAUGCACUGAAAGAGAGGUUCAGUUGUAAGAGGUCUUGGUUGGAGACCGGCCCACAAGUCCUGCUGCAUUUUAGUGGCUUUUUUGCAAUAUUUCCUAAUUCUGAAACUCUUUGGGAACCCUUGCUGGUGACUGAAGGCCUUAAAACAACAACAACAACAACAACAACAACCGUGGUCAUGAAUGUGCUGAGGGUAUUUUAAAUGCAAGUGAUGAAAACUAACCAGCUUUUGUCUACACUGAAAGUCACCACAGCAUGGAAAUAUAACCACUGGCAUGACUAAUUCUGAUACUACAAUAAAAGAGACGUGUUUAUACCUGA